CAGCAACAUGGGCUCGACCCCGGACAGCCACGAGAUGAACGGGCUGACCACGGCAAUGGGGAACGGCAACGGCGACGCGACGCCUCCAGACGAGGGCGGAAGAUGGCUACGGGCAAAUAGACAAAUUAACAUGAACCAUUAUGCCAAUAAGAAGAGUGCAGCCGAAAGCAUGUUGGAUAUUGCUUUGCUCAUGGCCAACGCAUCCCAGCUGAAAGCUGUGAUGGAGCAAGGACCCUCUUUCGGAUUUUAUAUGCCUCUGAUUGUUCUCAUCAGCAUCUCACUUGCACUUCAGAUUGUAGUUGGUGUGCUCCUAAUAUUCCUUGUUAAAUAUGACCUUAAUAAUCCUGCAAAACACGCCAAAUUAGACAUUCUCAAUAACCUUGCCACUGGACUGGUGUUUAUUAUAGUCGUUGUCAAUAUAUUUAUCACUGCUUUUGGAGUUCAGAAGCCGUCUCUCCCAGAAAAGAAGGGAUAGAAAGAGACCAACAUUCUUUAAAAUUCUGAAGACAAUUUCUGUACUUUGUGCCAGUUUCACUUGGAUGAAGAAACUCAACAAGCAUGUCUUUCUUUGAAUUGUAUUAUUUUCCAGAAAGGCCAUUUUAUAUAAAUUCUUAUUCUUAUAAAAAUAACGGGCUGCCAUUUGGAGGAAAACUGAAUUUAAUUUGUAGCAUAAGGAGUCGCAACCAAAGAUGCUUGCACUGAACUUUUCACAUAAACCUAAUAGUAUUGCUUUGGAAAAAAAUUCAGUGUAUAUCCCAGAGACUUUCUUAUGACUAUUGAAGUGCAGUCCCUGUGCCUUCACAGAAAUGCUGAACCAAGAAAGAGCAUCUAUAUAUGAACUCAUGGACUUCGCAUAGGUAGGGAAAGACCCAUGUACAUUUCAGCAUUAAACAAUAAUUUUGCCUACAAGACUUUCAAAUCCCAAUGAAUUGUGUAGACAAAAAACCCAAAUUGUUCAUUAUUUAUAUACUUUCAUGUGAAUAAUUAUAUCUGAUAGGGUGCUAUGGAUAAGAAGAAAAUGAAUUCAAUCAAUGCAGAAAGUGAUGGUAAUGUUAGGACAAACAAACAUUUAUUUUACAAAGACCACUUCCCUUUAAUGGCCACUGAUAGUCAUUCCAAGUGUUCCAAAGAGGUGGGUGUCCAACCUUUUUUUUCAAGUAGAAAUAUAUAUUGUACAAUUUUGUAUUAUUUCAUUGAUGCUGUAGUCUGCUUAGAACAAAUGUGAUGUGUGAAGCCAUGCCUUAUGGCUUGUAAACCAUGAUUUAUGUCUGAGAAUAUUUUGCGAACCCAGCCAGUUACUCAAUAAACUAUGGUUCAUUCAACCAUAGUCUAGCAUGAUGUACGACCUUACUGUGUGAACAUAUCACAGCUUUGUAUAAAGGCAUUAUAAUAUAGUUUUGUUUAUUUUUUGAUUCUGAAAUUGCUGUUUAUUAUAGCUUUUGAUUAAUUGUUUAAGAGAUUUUAUCUUUAUAUAAUAUUUGAUCAGAACAAUUUGCUUACCUGACUAAAACAGUGCAAAACUCUGAGCUGCAUCCAAAAUGUAAUUUCACACAAUUGCUAGGUGUGUGUGUGUGUGUGUGUGUGUGUGCUUGAGUGCAUCUACUUUACCAUAAACUAAGGGAACAAUCAAACACAUGUGUUGUCAUGUGUGACAGAAUAGCAAUUUUAUCCUCAACUCUUUCCUUUUUCCAUAAGAUACACCAUUUUGAGUGUCUUAAAACAUCUUCCAACUUUCCAAGUUACUGGCAAACAGAGUAAGUACAGGGAUAAUAAUGUCAUUUCAUCCUGACAUUUGUGAAGAACAGGAAUAUAAAAAGUAUAUCUCUUAUUCCUUUUGUGGUGCAGUCAUUCUGAAAGAAUCCUAAAAUGUUGCUGCAGGUUUAAAUGAGUGGCAUUUAAAUUUAAUGAAUAAAUAAAUUUCACACACAUGGUCCAUCCAUGGUGAAUAUCUUCUGCUUUAGUAAGGAUUACUUCUCGCUGCAAAAUCUUGAUAGGUCUAUCUUCUUUAUAUUAAAGAUAGCUUGUCAACACUUGAAUAGAGAAAUGCCAAGAUUUCCCCCAUUUUUCCUGCUUCAGUGACAAAGACUCAUUCUAGAAUGCACCUCAGAGUGCAUACCUCUUCAUGGAUCUUUCUAACACAAUUAAAAAGUCACUGUGCAUUCUUCUCUGGCCUGCACUGCUAAUUUUAAAACUAAAGUAGAAAUAGAAAGGCUUAUCCUAUGCACAAGAUGAGAACCAAAUUUUGAUUAUAUCCAUUUUUUCUCAUUAUCAUUCUCUCAUUAGCUUUUUUUAAAGUCAAACUAUAUAAGAAAUAAUAAUUUUUAAAAAGUAUUUUAAUGUAACUGAGUCAGUAAAUUAAAAUUUUACAGAAUAUUAUAUAUUAUAUAUACUAUAUUUUUUUCUUUAAAAAUAUAGUGAAUAUUUUUCCUAAUUUAUCAUUUGUGAGCACAAACUGUACUCUAUUUUUAGUUACCUACAGAUCUAAUGUCACUAAUGUGUUUUAUUUUUUUUAAAAUUUGAUUCAUUAAAUAUAUACAUUUUAAAUAUAUAGUAUAUCGCACAUUAUUUUAGACAGAGGAUAGAAGCCAUUUCCUUUACCAUUUCAGAUGCUGUAUUUUUCUAUUAACAGGAUUAUAAUCAUAAGAUUCUAAAGAAUAAGAUACUUUUUCUAGCAAGAAAAUAGAGAACAAAAAAGACAGAAAUUUAUUUGGAUAUCUGUUUUAUUUUCAGUGAAAAUAAUUGGGUUUUAUUAUUAAUAAGAAAGAUUUUCUUUUGUUUGGAUAUGAAAAUUGAUCAAAAGGUUACAGAAUGUCAGUUUACAGCUACUGCCUUUAUAAAUCGCAUGACUAGGGUUGCUUCUUCUGUAUAAGAGUCAACUGUAAUUCUGUACAUUGUUACCGGGAAAUGAAUCCCACUGAAUUAAGUACGGCUUGCUUCAGCAAGAGCAGGUAUUUUUUGUAGAUUAUAUUUUUUAAUAAAUUAUAUUAAAAUGCAGUGUAAUCAAUGUCCUGCUGUUUUUCAUAGUUAAUGUGUGAUAAAAUCAAAAUGUUAACUAAAAAGUACAAUUGGUUUAGGCACUACAAGUGAGGAGUGUUCUAAAAUAGAAUAUAAAUUUAGGUCACAGAUUUUUGCAAAAUAUUUUUUACGGCAUACUGAUUUGCUUGCUUGAUGUCAGCAAUAGAGUAAACUAGAAACAGCUGUGAGGGUGAGGGGUGUCAAAAAAAAUGAAGAAAGGUAUCCAUGACUAUGCAAUCCAAGCCCUGUCAUUGAAACUGAUAAAUCGACGGUAAAUUAGCUGGUCUCAAUCUGGCAUCCUGUGCAUGGUUUGGAUUACAGCACAUCAUAAAUAUCUUAUAAAAAUUGUACUAGAGACACAACUUGUCAUGAUUCUGAUUUCCUAUUCACAGUAGAAUCCUGUACUUAGAUUGUUAUUGCAUUACACUGUUUUCAUUAAUUUUCUUUUCAUUGCUGGUCAAUAAA